CCUUGACGUCUUCAACCAAGCCACACACUCGCAUACACAUAUACAUACACUCGCACAGCCAUGUAUCGGACGACGACACCGCAGCGGACCCGGCGACGGACAGGUGGGGGCUUUGGAGGAGGAUCAUCGUCGCUGGGACCUGCGGACGUGUCGAUGAGUGCAUCGGUGGGCGGCGGGCGGAGGAGUAUGGGCGCGGCGAGUCCCGUGCGGCGCGGAGGAGACGAGGCCGGCGAGGGCGUUGCAAUGGCAGCGAUGGGUGGAAUGGAGGAGCCGCUGGCGGAGCAGGACCCAUCGGUGGUGGACGGGUUUCGGGUGGUGUACGAUCGUGAGGUCCCGUUUGAGCUGCGGGCCAACGAGGAGGAGGAGGGCCAGCUGGAUGCAGUGAGGGCCAAGAUCCUCAUCCAAGGCGAGUCGCACGCGCCCGAGGCUGUCCGGGUGGAGCUUGGAUGCGAGUCGGACCUGUUUUUUCACUACACGCAUCAGCUGGAUGAGCUCUCGUUUGCCGAGCUGCAGCGUGAGCAGAAGCUCAUGGUCGAGUUUAACGAGUACGCACACGUCCUCAUCCGCAUGUUCAACUCGGCCAUCAAAGAGCCGCAGCAGUACCUUGCGGUCUUUGUCCUGCAGGAGGACAACACUGGUCGGGUCGACUUUAUGCAGAAUGCCAUGUACAAGUUCCUCGAGCUGCUCUCCAUCCAGUUUGCGCCGUCGCCGGGCAACGCUGUUCGCCAGCACAUCCACUUUCGGUACAACACCAUGAAGGCCCGUCUGGCGGCCAUGCAGCAGCGCCUCAACGAGGUCUACGCCACCGUCAAGGUCAAGAACCCGUCGCUCCUGCUGCAGCUGCAGCAGAUGCACGGGCCGGCCAAGUGAUCCCGCGCCCCCUAGCAGCAAUGAAAGUGACCACUACGUG